UGUGAUAUAUAAGCGAAAAUGGUUAAUUUUCUAGGUUUACGAAUUAUUUCCUUAAUUUAUUGUAUACCAUUAGUUGUAAAAUGUUACGGUAACGACAUAUUAGGAUGUGGUGGAUUUGUGAAAAGUCACGUUAACUUAGACUUCUCUAAAAUAGAAAUCGGAUUGUAUACCAAAGAAGGUAGCUUAAAAGAGAAGACAGAAUGCGCCCCAAACAACGGAUACUAUUUUCUGCCACUAUACGAGAAGGGUGAAUACGUGUUAAAGGUGCAUCCUCCUCCGGGCUGGAGCUUUGAGCCCUCUGAAGUCAACCUGAAUGUUGACGGUGUUACUGACCAGUGUUCUACCGGUCAGGAUGUAAACUUCUCGUUUAACGGUUUUGGUAUCACUGGGCUGGUGAUCACGGCGGGACAGAAGCAAGGGCCUGCGGGUAUUGCGGUCCAGUUGGUUAAUGAUAAAGGAGAAGUAAGGAACACUGUGACUUCUGCUGGUGGAGAUUUCCAUUUUACUCCAGUAAUUCCAGGAAAAUACACUGUGAAGGCAUCACAUCCAAGAUGGAAGCUAGACCCAUCUUCAGCUGUCGUCCAAGUGAAGGAAGGCAACACGGCCCUGCCUACAGGAGUGCUGGCAGUCAAGGGUUACGAUGUGAAGGGAACUGUCACAUCUAAUGGGAACUCUAUUAGUGGGCUCUAUGUGCUGCUGUAUUCUAAAGAGGAAAGCCCCAAACUCCGUGUUGAAGGCUGCAAGACUGCCCUCCUUCAGGGCGUCCCCGACUCUCCAAUCUGCCACUCUAUCACCGACAACAACGGGGAGUUCACAUUCGGCCUGGUGCCAGCCGGCGAGUACAAGUUACUGGCGCUGUCCAAGAGCCCCGGACAGGCGACUGUCAGCUAUAAUGUGAAGCCGGACAGUGUGCCUUUUACUGUGUUACAUGAUAGCCAGUAUAUCAAAAAUGCUUUUGAGGUGACGGGUUUCACGGUAAUGUCUUCAGUGGUAUCUACGGCGGGCGCAGGGUUGCCCAACGCACGCGUGUCGUUGGAUGGUAAAGCGGUUGGGAAGACAGAUGGUACUGGAAAAUACACCCUGCCGUUUCUGCAAAGUGGGACCUACACGAUCAGUGUCGAACAUGACCAAGCCCAAUUCGACGACAUCCAGCUAACGAUAUCUCCAACCGGCUCAGUCCGUAUUCCCGAAGCGCGCGUGACGCGCUGGCGCGUCUGCGGCACUGUCACUCCGCCCGCCGCACGACACGUUGUCGUUCGGGAUACCAGAGUAUCCGUGGACAACCAGGGUAAAUGGUGCACGUUCCUGCCCCCUGGCGUGUACAAUGCGAAAGUGGACGUGUCUGAGCAGGAACAACGAGAUGGACUGCAAUACUACCCGCUCUCACACAAAAUCACCGUAGCCCACUCAUCCGUUUCCGACAUCGCGUUUUCUCAACUGAAGGCUCUCGUGUCCGGCACGGUCCGGUGCCGGGCCGGCGCCACCGAGCUGCCGGUCACUCUUCGCACGUUAGCGCCGGACGGGAGCGUAGUGGGCAACCCCCUUACUACCACUGCUAAAGAUGGCAAAUACACCUUCAAAGACGUUCUCCCCGGCAGCGUAGAGCUAUCCGUACCAUCCGACAGACUUUGCUGGGCCGAAAGUGUUCACAACAUCGUGGUAACCCAGGAGACCGCUACAGUACCGGACUUUGUGCAGACUGGGCAUGUUUUGAGGGCUACCAGUUCUCAUAAGAUUGAGGUUGAUUACAUCAGUGACGACGGCUCAGAAAAAGGCACGUUAACCCUCCCAGCGGGCGCGAGCACGCACUGCGUAGGACAAGGGUUGCCCCGCAAGUACACGCUCACGCCGCGCGGCUGCCACCAGGUUAACCCGCCCACUGCCCGCGCAGACACCGGCGCUGAACACCCUCAGCCAAUAAACUUCAUCGCCGUAGCCCACUCCGUGGUUCUCCGCGUAACCUCCCCUGAACCAGUCAAAGACCUGGUGCUGAAGAUCGGAGCUGAUGGCCACGGUGCUCGCGCCAUUGGACCUCUGAAGGCUCAACCUAGGGCUGGAGGUGGAUACGUGUUUGAGCAUGAAAUGUUCAUGAAAGAGGGCGAAGUAGCAGUAGUUUCCGCAGAAUCCUCCACUCUCCUCUUCAGCCCAUCAGACCCACAACAAGUAGUCGGUUCCUCCGACUGUCAACCUCAGGCGUUGACCAUCCGCGCCGUCAAGGGCCUGUCUUUGGCUGGUCGUAUCAUACCCCCUGUGGCUGGAGUCACAGUCACUUUGACCUCAGAUGAUUUGGAGCUGACCCAGACUACAACGACCGCUGGCACCUACAGUUUCGGCCCUCUGGACGCGAGCAAACAAUACUCGAUCACCUGCUCCAAGGAUUCGUACGUGUUCGACGGGCCUAACGACGCCGGGGACGUCCGCGCUCACAAACUAGCCGAGAUUAUAGUGGAACUGGUGGAUGAUGCUGAUGGGAAACCUUUACAGGGUGCCCUAGUCUCUGUAAGCGGCGGUUCUUACCGUCGUAACCUGGUCUCCGGGGCUUCAGUCCUUCGCUUCAGCUCGCUAGCACCAGCCGAGUACUACGCCAAGCCUCUCAUGAAGGAGUACAAAUUCAGUCCCCCGCACGAGAUACUCACCGUGCAAGAGGGCCGUGAACACAAGCUGACUCUCAGAGGAGUCCGCGUUGCGUGGUCGUGUGUCGGUCAGCUUGUUUCCCUCGGUGGAGUGGGCUGGGCCGGGGCCACGGUCGUUGCCAAGGCAACAGGAAAGUGCGCCAGCGAGGAGGCUACUACCGAAGCUAAUGGAGCCUUCAGAAUACGCGGCCUUCUGCCCGGAUGCGUGUACACUCUGCAACUCAAGGACUCAUCCGCACCAGAGUUGGUCGGGCUCAAGCUCGUCAAGGCACCGUCUUCGAUUCAAGUGAAAAACAACCAAGACAUAACCGACGUCCAACUGAUCGCCAUCCAGCCGCAGCAAAUAACUGACACCAAUGUUCUUGUCUACACUCCCAACAUAGACCACUAUAAGACCCUACGUCUUACUUUAGCAUUGGAAACUACCCCGGAUGCUCCUAUAUAUUCCACCAAACUUGACAGCGCUGGAUACAGUCAAACUCUGAAUCCGGGUCUGAUGUACGUGUUACCGCGCCUGCCAGCCGAUAAUAAGACGUAUAUCGUGCAGUUAGAGUCCACUUUGUCUAAAGCGACGCAUAGCUAUGAGGAAGUGGUCGGUUAUUUCACCUCGGAUGGUCAGUUCAAGCAUUUCAAUUUGGAGUUUUUGCCGAAGGUGAAGUCCUCCGAGCAAGAGCUCCGUCAAACCUCCCUCCUAGUGGUCCCGCUGUUCCUCCUGGCCCUCCUCGCCUACCACCGGCGCGCCGCGCUGCUCGAGCACCUCACCGCGCUGGCGCCGCCAGCCAGCGCCCCGCGCCUACUAGACCUACUAGAGCGAGAGCUGACGUGUUAGACCAUGCCAGUAUAGACCAGAUUGUGAGCAGUGUUAAUGCUGCUGGUAAGAAGAAGAAACAGUAAGAUCCUGUUUGUAUUAUACCAACCAGCGACCAGCUCCUACUAGGCCUACUAGAGCGAGAGCUGACGUGUUGGACCACGCUAGUAUAGACCAGAUUGUGAGCAGUGUCAAUGCUGCUGUGAAGAAAAAGUAACAGUGAGAUCCUUGUGAGAUUCUCCCAUCACACUUUUUCUGUGCAUACGUUUUGGAUUUUCUCGACAUAGGGACGUUUUGAGCUACGGUCAUCAUUUCUACCUAAAACAAGUUUAUACAAAAAUACGAGUAUAUAUAUUCAAGUCACAGCUCUUGCCGACGCCAGUCAGCCGAGCCUACUAGAGCGAGAGCUGAUGUGUUAGACUACGCCAAUACAGAUUGUUAGCAGUGUUAAUGCUGCUGGGAAGAAGAAACAACAGUGAACAUUUUAGAUACCCUUGUGAAUUCUCCUAUCACACUUUUCCCGUACGUACGAUUUUCUCAACAUAGGGAUGUUUUUAACUACGUCAUCCUUUCUCACAGCGAGUCACAGAUCUCGCCACCACAAGUUAACGACUCACGCUUGCCAGGCCUACUAAGUCGAGACUAGUAUAGACCGAAUUGUGAGCAGUGUUAAUACUGCUGAAAGAAAGACACAGACAAUUUUAUAGUUUAAAACAUCCCGUCUCAACUUAUCUCCUAUUUUAUGUUGUAAUACGAGUAUAAUGACGUAGCUAAUUCAGUGGUUUCCUCUAUUCGACUUUUUACAACGUCAUUAUUUUGGCAAAGUAAUGAAAUCAAUUAGUUGAAUCGAGUCGCGCAUUUCUAGUACAGUUAAAUUUUAACACGUAUAGAUCGCCUUAUUUAGGCAAAUAAGCGUUACGAUUUUAACCUGCAAAUUGAUAUAUCAUACACGUUUUUAAAUACUGCCCUGUAAUAUCCAUUCAUACUACAAUAGUAGGUAUGCAUUCCUCUUAAAAUUAUGUGUGUAGGUGCAAAAAAAGUACAUAUUAAAAUAACCGUUACCGAGUGUCAAGUGGUAUUACGAAUUUUUACAUGUAAGCUAGUUUUAAAUUGCAUGAAAAGACUUAACCGUUUUAUAUUUUCUCAAAUAGUAAUUUAUUUAAAUCUUUUUUUUUUAAUGGUGAACGAAUGAAUUGAACAAUUUUAAAGGUUAUUAUGUUUUAAUUUAUGUAGAUGCAUUUAUGUUCAGGUGGUGUGUUUUUAAUUAUGUCAAAUAAAAUGGUCAGUUGAAGUAA